UGCAACAGCGAGUCAUUCACCUUUUACUACGACGACGAAGACACAUCGACUGACAAAAAAUGGAGAAAAUACACGAGAACAUUUGACUAAGGAGAUCACAAUAUGGCGCGAACUUGCCAGAAAAUGAAGCGACAGUACAUCGACGCCUAUCGGUCACUGACAAAUACAAGAAAUCUGUUUGUUUUUGUCGAAGAAUACCAGAAUACGUGAGGUCUUUCUUUUUUUUGUUUCUUUUCAUUACCAUCCCUGUCAUCCACGGAGAAGAAAGGAGUACAACAUGUCUACGAUUCGUGGUUCCGAGGAGGGUUCUUGUGAACGGACGGCUCUGGAGAGGUUCGGUAGCGGAGGGAUGGCUCUUCUUCCCUGGACUAAACAGAUGCUCACCGUGCUGUGGGAACAGCUUCGGCUGCUGGUUCAGGUCAUUUACUACACCUUCAUGUCAGUUUUCCAGAUGUUCCGGUUUGAGGUCCAUCUGAGAAUCACAGACGAGACAGGGCAACACAUCCAGCACAUGACCGCAGCGGCCAGCCAGACAGAUUCCUUCCUGUUUUCCUCGCUGUUUGACGGAGAAAACGGUGUGAUGGUCGGAGGUUCCAAUCCCCUCUCUAACUUCUGUGCUGACGUCCCUUUCACCGGGAAAUCGACUGCCGAGGCCCUGCUGUCCAGUCUGCGAGCCGACGACCUCUGCUGCGGAUUAGUGGACGACUUUGUGUCCAGAACAACCAGCAAAGAAGACAACAUCUUUCUGGGACACCAGUCCAGCUGGAAAAUGGGCUUCCCCGGCGACUGGAACUUCUUUUUGUCGAGCAGUGACAGCUCCAACGACGGCUGCCACCAGAGUUGUGAGAAGAAUUUCAAACAAGACACAUCAGAGGAAGAGAGGAGCUCUCACUGGAGUAGUGAGGAAGACCACAACGUAGUAGAAUUCGACAGUGAGGAAAGUAAGGCGCUUUGGGAGUCCCUGUCAAGAUCCAGUGAUCCCUACAACCCUUUCUUUUUCUCUGCCUGCAUUUCAACAAACACAAACAUGAUGAAGAGUAAAAGUGGGGCAAAAGACGGCAGCGCUACUGACGUCAUGUCAGUGAGCAAAGCCACCGAGGAGAUGUUCGGGCCUCGAGGCCUGAACAUCUGGGUCAGUCGCUCUGACAGCGAGAGCAGCUGGAGUAGCUGGGCCAGUUCGGACAGUUCGAGCCCCGACAUCGACAAGGAGGAGAGCGAGAGGCUGCUGGACUUCUUCACCAGCCCAGAAGACCCCUACAAUCCCAUGUGCUUCACUGCCUGCACAGUCACCAACACAUCAGCUAAAACCACCAACACCAGCACAGUCUCUAAACCCUCUCCUGCUCCUCCUCCCAAGUCAGACACAGACACCGAGGAGAAGACCAGCAGCUUCCCUCCUUCAUCUGAGGAGGACGAGGAAGAGCAGCUCCUGUGGAAAUCCCUCUGCCAAAAGGACGACCCGUACCACCCUCUCAACUUUCAGGCCUGUCUCCAGAGCUCCCCAACAACAACAACAACACUCCAGUCUGGAAAAGAUCAGGCUCCCCCUGAUGUUCCAGACACUAAAACCCCUCCCAUGAAGAGCAAAAGAUGUGAAAAAGAAGCUGAAACACCCCAAAAAUCCAGAGCCAAAAAGCCCUCACUUCCACAGAGGGUGUUAAAGCAGCACUCCCAUCCAGACAAAACUCUGGUACCCUGGAAAAGACCCGGACAAACACCUCCAUCAAAGCCAGAGGAGAGGAAGGAAAACAAGGCUGGCAGCACCCAGAAAAAGGUGCGAUUCUCUCCUCUAGUCCAAGUCCACGUCAUGCAGACCUGGCCGUUUGCCCGGCAGGCGUCUCGCAAAGGACACUGGGAAGAAAUGGUUCGAGACCGGGACCGCUUCCGAAGGCGGAUCCAGGAAACGGAGCAGGCCAUCGGGCACUGCUUCACCCCGCCUCACAGAGAGAGGAUGCGGGCGUAUGUGGACGGUGCCUUGAAAUAAAACACACACAAAAGAAAAGAGUCCUGAACACUGAAUGUUUAAUUUCCUUUUUUGGAUGAGAACUCGUGAUUGGUUGCAAUGCAACAGUGAUUUUUGAUUUAGGCCAAUUAGAAAAUGGAUGUUAGGCCAACUUUAAUGUUGUGUGUGGAGUUGAACAACCUUGUACCUCAGAAGGUUUUUUUUGACAUUGUGUGCACUGACUGACACUUUCUUCUAUUAACCUCAGCAUUACUGUGUGGAAUGUUGUUUUUGUAUGCCUUAUAUACUGACCUAGUAAUGUAACUUAUUUAUGCCCUAUGGAGCUUGUUGUUUAUUUUGUACCUUUUUGUAUCGUGUUUUCAUACGUGUGAACAAACCUGAGUGGUGAAUCUAGAGGUAACAAGUAGAUCAGUGGUUUCUCAACUGGUGGAUCAGGACCCAAAAGUGGGUCGCAGAGCCGUUUUUAGUGGGUCGUGAAUUUGUGCCUGGAAGAAAAAAGUUGUCAAGUGCUUUUUUUAAACAAGUUUGUGUCAUUCAGUUUCUUCUUUUUAAUUAUUUUAGCAUUUUUGACUUUAUUGGAUAGGACAGCUGAAGAGAGACAGGAAAUAUUGGAAGGAGAGAUGAAAUACAGAAAAGGGCAGAGUUCUGAUUCUGUCACAUAUUUUGUUCAGUCUGAGGUCUAAACUGCGCAAUCUUUCUUUAAAUACAUCUGAUUGAUCAUUUUUCCCGACGUAGUAGUUGGUGGGUCCUGAGGCUCUACCGGUUGAGAACCCCUGACGUAGAUUUUAUCUUCUAAGCAGGCAGAGUUUUAUGGUUCAAGGUGUUUGGAAAGUUUUAGCAUGUCGGAGACAAAUCAUUAGUUCUGGUGCAAUCCUGGUCGUCUUGUUCAAAUCUUUGAGUUGUUUCAGAUGUUGUUUUGUCUUGUAAUCUAUUUAUUUUGUAUUUUUUGUGAUGGCACUGACUGUGGAGAUGGACUUCUGUAUUGUGAUAUUUAAUGGAAAGAUUCAAACACUCAGUUGUUCAUGGCGACAACAUGAGCCAAAAAUAAAAACUUGUCAAAAAAGCUAA